CAGGUUGGACUGUCGUGGGUCGAGUUGUCGUAUGGUCGGGUUGUCUGAACUCCUCGACAGGGUGUUCCCAAACGUAACAUCAACAACAUUAUACACCCUCUCUAUUCAAGAACUGUGGCGAACGACGAAUGCCUAUCAUUUUGCACAGAGCAGGACGGGAUUUUGCUUGUUUAAGGUUAAAUAAUGGCUAAAACAUACGAUUUUCUUUUCAAAUUACUAUUAAUAGGAGACUCUGGGGUUGGGAAGACCUGUGUUUUAUUCAGAUUUUCAGAAGAUGCUUUUAAUUCAACGUUUAUUUCAACGAUAGGUAUUGAUUUCAAGAUUAGGACAAUAGAAUUAGACGGUAAAAAGAUUAAGUUACAAAUAUGGGACACAGCAGGCCAGGAGAGGUUCAGAACAAUCACAACAGCUUAUUACAGGGGAGCAAUGGGCAUCAUGCUUGUGUACGAUAUCACAAACCAGAAGUCAUUUGACAACAUCAGGAAUUGGAUACGAAAUAUCGAAGAGCAUGCGUCAGCUGAUGUGGAGAAGAUGAUCCUAGGAAACAAAUGUGACAUGGACGACAGGAGAUCAGUCCAAGGAAAAGGAGAACAGUUGGCAAUAGAGUAUGGAAUCAAGUUCAUGGAAACCAGUGCUAAGGCUAGCAUUAACGUUGAAGAGGCUUUCGUAACUCUUGCCAGAGACAUCAAGUCAAAGAUGGACAGGAAAAUGGAUGCAACAGGUCAGCAAAAACUAGGAGGGGUCAAGGUCACGGAGAGAGAGACGCAAAAGAAGAGUGGCUGGAAAUUGUGCACUUUAUUGUGAUGCAUUUCCCUCCUUAUGCAUUUCCAUGAACUGCUUUUAACAAAAAAAAAGACUAUAAAGGUUUAGGAGCAAUUCCAGCAUUUUGGAUGAUUGCAAUUGUAACCAAGGCAACGUCCUGAAACGCUGGAAACUCUUCAUUCCUUUUGUUAAUCCUUUUCUGCAAAAUUGAAGAUGCAAACAGGUGUGCGGAGAGAUUCCAACUGUGCGGUUUCCACAAGGGGAUUCUUUAACUUCUUACCCAAUAUAAAGUACAGGUAACUUUGGCUUUUAGGAAGGAAAUAUAACUAAGAGAUCUUUUUGGCCCAAACUUCUUCUUCUGAAAUAUGCUUCAUAGCAUCUUUUUAUAAAUGUCAAGUCCACCCCCUCAUUAAAGUUGGUUUGAACGAAAAGAGAAAAGUCAAACUGGCAAUAUUGCUGAAAAUUUCAGCCACAUUAGAUGUAAAAUAAAUAAACUUAUGACAUUUUGAAAUUUCGCUUAUCUCAAAACAGUCGUAUGCACAACACUGAUAUGUAAAUGACAGUCGUAAUGUUACUAUGUUUUUCAUUUUUUAUUGCGUGGAUCAAACAAUACUGUAUUUUUUACAGAUUUGACAAUUAUGAGACGUUUCAUCAAAUUAAUAUAGGUUACAGCAUCGACAAUUCCACAUGUCCAGGAAGGAACCAAACUUUGUGGCAAUUGUAAUGAGGAAGAAAUAAAAAAAAAAAUCUGUCAUGUAAUGAAAUACAAGAAAUAGUGAGUGGAUGACAGAAUCAGCUCCCUCAUUAGCAUACUGACCAGGAUGAGCAUAUAACUUGUUUGUGAAAGUAGCCAAAAUUUUGAAAUUUUAUCACUCUUUUAUUUGACAUCAAAUUUUAAUUGUUUGAUUUUUUUUGCUUUUUAUUCUAGUAAACUUUCUUGGGGUGGACUUGACCUUUAGAUCCAAUCUGUGCUUUUUGCCCUAUGUUGUUUGAUUGAUUCAACUUUACUAAACUGAAUGGGGUGUAUUGUAAAAUGCCAGAAUUAACAAAAACGGCCAAUGAGUAGGGAAAGAAUUAUAUUACAUUUCAUUGCUUUAUACUGCAGGAAAUUAUGAUAAAUGCUGCAACAUAUAAAUAUAUAUCCUUGCAGAUUUAACUUUUAAGUAUACAGCAAGUGAAAUCAAAUAUGUAAGAAUGAUAAAAAUCAUUGGGUUUUUUAUGAUAAAAACAAUUUUUUUUGUAUUAUUAGAAGUAGGUAGGCCUACAUGUACCUCCCUACAGGCAACACAAAUAAGAUUAACAAAAAAAAUUCCCCAGGAAAGAAAAACAAAAAUGGAUGGGCUUUGAGAAACUUUCUGGAAAAUAUGAUAUAUUUCAUUUCCCAUUUAGACUUAUACCACUUUUGUCCCCUCGCUCAUAAUCUAAGUAUCAUUUUUACAUUUCUUUGUAUUAUAGAUGAAAUUUUGAAUACUUGACAUUUUGUUAUAUUUUCACUGGAAGAAGAAUGAUUUACAUGUACAUGUUCUUUCAUAUACUAAUAUAGGUUUAGAUUUUCAUGUAAAAAAGAAGGAAUAUAUGACAAAUUACUAAACCUGCUUAAAUAUUGCCCCUAUUGGAAGAUCACUCAGUGGAUAACAGCAGUCAAAAAUCACAUAUAUUUUAGAUAUGACAAAAAAGGAAGUCCCUCUAAUUAAAAAAGCCAUAAUAUUUUAAAAGAAAAAAUCGUAAAAGUGAGUUUUACCAAAUCAUGCAUGAAUGCUCAAUUUUGUUAUUUAAGUUCGCACAAGGCGUUUUUUUCCUGCCAUAUUAUGAGGAAAUAUAAGCACUGCCUGCCGUUUAUUUCAUGCAUUCUUCCCCAGUCGUUUCAAAAACCCUUUGCUUUUUAACAAUAUUUGACAACACUGGCAGGCAGCAAAAUAUGUUUUUAUUAUUUGGGAGAUUGAGCAGUUCUAAAUUUGGGAGCAUGAAAUGUUUUAUAAAUCACCCCAAAAUCACUUCCAUCUCAAAAAACAAAUGUCAAGAUUGGUGCCUGGUAGGGAUCUCCCUUGUACCACUUUCAUAGUGAAGGCAAAGUGGAGUUACUCCGCAGUAACUCCGGGUUGAGUUGAUCCGCUUGUACUGCGGACUGACUUUAAACCCCCUUUCAUAUUGGCAAGCACCGCAGCGGUGUAUCCGCAGUCGUUGCAAUGGUUUCCAAGCGAGUUCGCGCCAUACGUGUGGCGAGAUCACAGCGAUAAGCGCAUACCGCAUUUCCGGUGCGGAGUAACUCCGUUUGUAACCCUCUUCUCGAAGUGGGUUGAGUACUCCGCUUUGAAUCCGGAUUGAACUAAUCUCAGAAUUUUCAUAUGCCCUCCAAAGUGGAGUAACUCCUCCUGGACUCCGGACUAACUCCACUUCGGCUCUCACUAUGAAAGGGGUAUAAGACGACAUGAAGGUGUUCAAACUUGUGCGGGCACCAACUUUAAAGUGGCUGAUUUUAAGCUGGUUUUAAUUUCAGACUCAAAGUGUUUGAUAAAAGUUAGGAUACUAUUGAGGGAUAGACACUAAUCCAAUCCUUCUUCAUUCUUGGUAAAGAUGACUACGCAUUUUAAUUGUACACCAUUGUUUAAGGGGAACUUAUUUUUGUGUUUUAUUUGGUAAAUAUUUUGUGGAUGCUGUUUUCCAUGGAUUGAUCUUAAACCUUAUAUUCUUUGCUGUAUGUUGCUCUCUUAUUACUAAUUUUUAAUCACAUUCCUUAUUGGUUAUAAACAAAUUGAUACUUAUUCCUGGGCAUUUUAUAAUACUUUGAAUACCAGAAAUAGUGAUUAAAAUAUUGAUUAAUCAAACCUUAUUCUUGAAAUGGUAUCACUUUUGGCUUACUAUAGUAUCCCUUAAAUGACUGGGAAAGGGGGGGGGGGACACAAGCAUUUUAUGGAAUUUGUACUAAACGUGCAAAGGAGAUGCCAUGGUUUUUCACAAGUUGUUUGGUGGUGGUUGUUUUGUUUUUCUAUUAAGUCUUAUGCAUUUCUUAAGGCUGAAUCUGUGAUUUCCAAUCAGGCAGUUCUCAACUUGUACAACAUUCCUACGUGUACAUCAUGAUACAAAAUAUCCUCAAAAAUUCCUUCCAAAUUUAAUUUUAAUCGAGUUUUGCAUUUACCGAGUAAAGUCAAUUGAUAUUACACUGUAAAAUAAGAAAUUCAAAAGCAAGAUUCUGGAGAAAAGAAAGAUUUUUUGGGGGGGUUUAAUUCAAUGAGAAUUUUUCUUAUUUAUGCAUGAAUUCAUAGUGUCAUAUGAACUGAAGAUUGUUAAAACAAA